AAGUCAAAUAGGAGUUUAGUUUCGCUUGGAAUCAUAAUAUCAUUGGUUGAGAUAACUCGCCCUGGGUGGAGCUUAAACAUCAGAUGUUGUAGUUAUCUUAGUCGGUGACACCACUGGAAGAUAAAUGACAAAGUAUGUUCCUGUGGCAAUAUCUGACACUGCUGCUGCCGGUAGCUGUUCAAAUAUGCAAAGCUCAGAAAUGCGAAGAAUUUACCGAUCUAGAUCUCGCUGACGCCAUCAUUGGAACCAGCCUGAAGAUCCGCUUGUUGCUGUACACCAGGCAUAAUGCCACCUGUAGCACGCUGGUGUCCCACUCCGACCUGUCCGCACAUCCCCGGUUCAACUCGUCCAAGCCGACCACCUUCAUCAUUCAUGGCUUCCGGCCCACGGGGUCUCCACCGGCGUGGCUCCAGAGGCUCUCGGAGCUGCUGCUGGCCAGGGCAGACCAAAAUGUCAUCGUGGUGGACUGGAACCACGGCGCCGCCAACGUCAACUACUUCAAGGCCGUGGAGAACACGCGCAAGGCGGCCGGCAACCUCACGGCCUUCGUGGAAAUGAUGAAGGAAGCCGGCGCCUCUCUGGGCUCCAUCCACAUGAUCGGAGUCAGCCUCGGGGCACACCUGUCCGGCUUCGUGGGCGCCAACAUGAAGGGGUUGAUUGGAAGAAUCACAGCUCUGGAUCCAGCCGGGCCUCAGUUCACUGGGUCUCCUCCAGAGGACCGCCUGGACCCCACGGACGCACAGUUUGUAGACGUCCUGCACACGGAUAUGGAUGCCCUGGGCUUCAGAGAACCUCUGGGUCACAUUGAUUUCUAUCCUAAUGGUGGGGCGGACCAACCCGGCUGUCCAAAGACCCUCCUUUCUGGAGGAGCCUAUUUUAAAUGCGACCACCAGAGAUCAGUCUGGCUCUUCCUCGACUCUUUGGAGAGGACGUGUGCCAGCCGGGCCUAUCCCUGCGCCUCCUACAAGGACUUUCUGAGCGGGGACUGCAUGAGCUGCGACCGCUUCGGUGCUGCCGGAUGUCCCGUCUUCGGUUACGAUGUGACGGCGUGGAAGGAUGUCCUGCUGAGGCUGGGCCAAACGAAAACCUUCUUCGCCACAAAUACAGAAAGUCCUUUCUGCACGACCGGCUACAAGGUGGAGGUGAUGAUUUGGAACAAGGAUGUACGUUUUGGAUACAUCACGAUUAAACUCCACGGUAAAGGCGAGGAGGCAGUGGCGACCAUCGACCACAAAGCGGCAGAGUUCAAUAAGAAUUCAGAGACCAGGCUCUUGGCGCAGUUCGAUAAAGACAUUCGGUCAGUGAAAAAGGUGUCCCUGAAAUUCUCCACUGGGAAUCCAUUGAAGGCGAAACAAAAGCUCCGUGUUCUCCGAAUCCGUCUCUCGCAUCUGGAACACAAGGAGGGGCCUCUCUGUAGAUACGACAUCCUCCUGCAGCAGAACAAAGAGGUCACCUUCAAGCCCAUUCCCUGUGAAGAGUCCAACUUCUGAGAAAGAAUUGGACACCGUGUCAAAAGCCGGAAGAGACUCAGUCCCUCCAUUAGGUCAUUUUCUUCUGUCUGCACCUUUUUCCAGUUUGAAUCUGCAAAUGACAACCGCAACUAAGCCUAAAGAACUGCUGAUUAUCAGUCAAACAUAAUCCAGAUUAUUUUGUAGGAUCACACAUUUCAUUUUAAGAGUGAAGUGUCAAAAAUGAAACAUAAAACAAAACCGUUGAUCUUGUACUUUUCUUUCUUUGCCCGAUCACAUUUGCUCCCUGUUACUAAUAUUUA